UAAUGAUAACGACAAUGAAUGAUAAUGUGAUAACGUCUGCAGGCGAGAGCACUUCACAAACCAAUAGGAACUAACGGUGCGCUGGUUCUGUGUCUGGGCUGCAGCACCGCUACACUUUGGCUGCUCUGAUGUGAUGUCGGCUUAGUGGGUCAGCUGGUAUCAAACUGAUUCCCUCCCCGACUUAAAGAUUUGGUUAAUAUCCAUGCAUCGUUACGUAACGGCGCUGAAACGUCAUCGCGACCUCGCUGAAAAACAGCUUAGUGGGUCCACGCACGGCAACGGAUGCAAAUCCUUGUUUUAGGAACGCAUCCAAAGUGGACCAGAUACGGCCCUGCUCCCCAAAUAUGGUGAUGUUCUGACGAUCCGGUUAAGCCCAUAAUCCCUCUCUAAUCAGGAAUAUUUGAUGUGCCCUCGCAGGCAGAUUUCAGAAAUGUCAUGUUGCUGCGUUCAGUCAGGUUCUUGUGGCUUUCAUGUCUGUUGCUUGGAGGGAAACGCCGUAGCCAUGGUUUGCUUUGGGACUAAGCAGACUGUGAUCUAAGGGAAGGAUGCUCAACGUGAUGCUUUCGCUGCCCGUCUUCCUGAGCGCCGCCGUUGGCUUCAAGCUGUGUCCCAGCGCCUGCCUGUGCUACGAGUCCUCUGACCUGGUGGACUGCCGGCUGCGGGGGCUGCUCCAGGUGCCCCCUGGCCUCCCUCAUGGCUCCUGGCUGCUGGACCUGAGCGACAACAGGCUGACGGAGGUUCACACCCGCUCUUUCAAGGGGUUGUGGUCACUGAAGAUCCUCCUGAUGUCCAACAACAGCAUCCACAGUCUGCAGCCUCAGGCUCUGUCCUCGCUGCACUUUUUGGAGAAGCUGGAUUUGAGUUUCAACCGCUUGCGCUGGCUCCCACCGGACUUCUCGCAGAGCCUCUCCUCCCUCCUGGAGCUCCAGUUGGGACACAACCUGCUUCAGCACCUGGACUCCAGCUCCCUGGGGGGUCUUGAGAGUCUGAGGAAACUGGACCUCAGUCACAACCGCAUUGAGGCGAUGGACGCCGGUGCCUUCAGGAGCCUGUCCCGACUGAGGCUCCUCAACCUGGAUGGGAACAGGCUGAACGUGCUUAAAGACGGUUUGCUGAGCAGGCAGCAAAGCAUGACGGUGCUGCUGCUCAACCACAACAACAUCUCUCAGAUCGAGAACGAGGCUCUGAGCCCUCUGCGGAGCCUGACCCUCCUCGGUCUUCGGGGAAACCAGCUGGAGCGCAUACGGUUCAAGACCUUCCUGCAGCUGCAGACCACCAGCACCCACCUCCACAUGGCCCUGAACCCCUGGACCUGCGACUGUGACCUGCAGCGCGUCUUUGGCAAAAUCCAGCACGUUCGGCACCUGCAUGUGGAGGACUACCAGGACAUGGUGUGCCACCGCCCCGCUCAGCAGGCCGGCAGCCCUCUGGCCUCGCUGGACAGCCAGCUGUGCGUGGCCGAGACCGCGUCGGUGCUCGUCAUCACCAUCACGGUGCUGCUGGCCGUCAUCGGUACUUUGGUGAAGGCAGAGCACAACCGGAAGAAUAAACAGAGUCAAAGCGAUGCGGAGUCACAGAGACUAGACAGAUGAUGGAGGUUCUGUUCUGGAGCCACGUGUUGUGUGUAGUUUUCCACAUCGUGUCAUCUUCAGUUCCUCCUUAACGGACUUCAAAUCCGAUCCGCAUUUCACUUGAUAGACUAUUACUGUAUCUGUAUAUAAUUAAUUUUGAGAGAAAAACCAAAAAGGUUACAUAAAACCUAUGUAACCUGUAUUGAAUUUGUGAGAUCUCUCCUACCUUGUUUAUUUCAUAAUUUUGUUUUUUUAUUAAAUCUUAUUUAAAUGUGAAUUUAAACGUUUCAUUUUAAUGUGAAUGUAAAUGUGAAUUUAAAGACAAAAAAAUCUGAGAGAAAUGUUCAUGUACUACAGGUCUAUUUUUGCAGCUGUAGAUAAUG